UUACUUUUUACAAAAAAAAAAUCUUUUUUUUUUUGUUUCUAAAACUACAAUUUGUUUGUAUUAUUUUAAAAUCAUCCUUCGCACUGAUGUUAACGGUUAACCGUAUUAUAGAAACUAAAGCCAAUUGAUCGAUGAAACCGCUCAACUAAUUGACCAAAAAGUAUAAGUUUGAAACUUAAUUAACGAAAUACAAAAUGGGCUGCCGGCUGAUUCAAAAAUAUUUUCGAAUUUCUUCCCAGCGUUCGUUUCUCUACUGCAAAAUUAUUUUAGUAACUUCUGUAUUUUGGUUUUUAUUUGAUGCAUUUUUAUUAUUGUAUCUUGCUUCCCCUCUAAAUCCUACUCUUGGCAUAGACAAUCAACCAAUUUUAGCGCCUGAUGUCACCAUGCCAAAGCUACUUAGAGCGUUCGAAAAAGCUGAAAAUAACUCAAUUGCUGAUCAAAAAGGAGAACUUCGUCAAGUCGAAAAACAAAGAAAAACAGCGAAGAACGUUCAUAAUGACAGCGCAAUAAUCAAUCGUAGACCUAUAUCCGACCACAAAACUUUCGUGGGAAUGAUCGGCGAGCCUUUUGAGCGUGACAUGAACCCGCCUGACCUCCCGGGCGAAAUGGGCAAGGAUGUGAUAGUAGAUCCCAGUGAGAAAGAAGAGGAGAAAAAGCUGUUCAGUGUGAACCAAUUCAACCUCCUAGUUUGCAGCAAAAUUAGUCUCAACAGAUCCCUGCCUGACUUCAGGCCCGAAAAAUGUAAGAAUCGACAAUACCCGAUGGAUUUGCCGGACACGAGUGUGAUCAUAGUGUUCCACAACGAGGCAGAGUGCACACUACUCCGCACAAUCUACAGUGUCAUCAACAGGACUCCCAGACACUUGCUGAAGGAGAUCAUCCUAGUCGACGACUUCAGCGAGGGCAGAGAUUAUUUACACGAUCCCCUGGACGAGAAGCUGGCGAAGUUACCUGUUCACGUGUUUGUGAUUCGUCUUCCUAAGAGACAAGGUUUGAUCAGAGCCAGACUGGCGGGUGCAGAUGUGGCCAAGGGAAAGGUACUCACUUUUCUGGACAGUCAUUGCGAGGCAUCCAGGGGCUGGGUCGAACCCCUGCUUGCAGAAAUUGCUCUAGACAGGACGACAGUGAUGACUCCCAUGAUUGACAUAAUAAACAAGGACACCUUCGGUUUGGCAGUGGUCGAGGGUGUGGGAGGGGAGCCGCAAGUGGGGGGGUUCGAGUGGAGUCUGACCUUCAACUGGUACCCCAUGCUGGAGAGAGACAGGAGACGCAACAGGGGCGACUUCAGUCUCCCAGUCGACUCUCCGACAAUGGCAGGUGGACUGUUCUCCAUGGACAAGUCAUACUUUGAGGAGCUGGGAAGAUACGAUGAUGGCAUGGAUGUGUGGGGAGGAGAGAACAUCGAAAUAUCUUUCAGAAUUUGGCAGUGUGGUGGUCGAAUAAAAAUAUCGCCUUGUUCACACGUUGGCCACGUGUUCCGCAAAAGCUCCCCCUAUAAAUGGCCUGGCGGGGUGUCUAAAAUACUGCAGCGCAACAACCGACGUCUGGCUGAUGUCUGGAUGGACGAAUACAGAUUCCUCUGGUUCUACAUCAGCGCAGACGCGAAGUAUGUUGAUGCCGGAGAUUUGUCUGAACGACACGCCCUGCGAGCAAAACUGCAGUGCAAAAGCUUCCAGUGGUACCUGAAUAAUGUCUGGCCAGAAUCAAGUUUCUCUCUGCAUGUUUACAAUUUGGGAUUUAUCAAGAACCCAUUGACAAGUUUGUGCGUUGACACUAUGGAUAGAAAGAAUAACAAACCAGCAGGAGUUAGUGGCUGUCACUACAAAGGAGGCAACCAGGUGUUUGCAUUAACGAGACGCCACGAAAUACGAAGCAACCGUUUGUGUCUCGAUGCGAACUCUUUGAAGAAGGAGGGCAAUGUGUUACUGUGGGAAUGCCAUUUGCAAGCAGGAAAUCAGUACUGGCUUUAUGACGAAACAGUUACGAAACACAUCAUCCACAGAGAUUCCUCGUUAUGUCUGACCAUAUCAAGCAACAGAACUGGACUCCAUUUGGAGACAUGUGACGAAAACAACAAACUGCAGACAUGGGAGUUCAGGAACGCCGAGGAGCUGGAUGGCCUUCUCAAAAAAUAUUCAAAGGAUGAUUCAAAAUAAAAAACACAAUUUCACUCGCUUCCUUUUUCCUAUUACGAUUUCCUCGCGACCGAUUUCGGUUUUUACAAUUGUGUCUUUUCUGCUAUUCGUCCCAAA